UAUUUCUUCGUCAUUCAUUUUCGAUUGGUCGAAAGUAGACGAGGGUGGCGCAUGCGCGUUCUGCCGACGCCAUCUCUGAAACUACUGUGCCUAUUAUGUACUUGUUCAAAGUGAGGUGCAUGUUAAUUUGUGGAUAAAACUGUUGUUGAAUCAUGAAAAUAUUACGUCGCGAGUGAAACCAAGUAUUUGUUUUAUAUCCCGAACGAAAAAGUGCAAUUUCCAGUACUCUUCCAACGGCGGGCGAAUCUUACGGAAGUUUCUUGGAAUAGCAUCGCAUAUUUUUUGCGGCUAUCUCCACCGCGGUCGAAACACUGAGUAAAUCUAUGAGCUUCAGUCAUCAAAACAGCUAGUGCUUGUGUACACUCUCUGGACGGGUAUAAUAUGAAUUCCGCCUUAAAGCCGGUAUUGUCACAGCCGCAACCGGCCGGUCAAGCGAGUCCCGCCAAAGCGAACGUGGCUACAGCUAACCACGCUGUGGGGCUCCCUCAGGGUGCACAGAACUCCCUGCAUCACGGCCCUAACCAUGGCAACAGCCUUGUAGGCCAGAACCUUACAGCUCACGUGCCUGCAGCUCAGCCGCUUCCGCACGCAGCUCCUUCCAUGGCCCCCGUCACCGCCAACAUGGCGCAGAUGGCACAGAAUAUGAGUCACCAUGGCAACCUCUCCCAUGUUACACAGAACUCUGUUACACCUGCCAAUAAUGCUGCGAGUCCAAGUAAAAGCGCCAGCACUAGUGCACCGCUAAGUUUAGUGCAAGACAAACCUAAUGCUCCGACACCAUCACAGCCACUUGCUCUAACUAGGACUCUUGAGAAGAAAGAACCUGAUUCUACAGGACAAGCUAAUGGUACUAUUGAGUCACCUAAGUCUGGGUCAAAUGCCCCAGCGUCUCUCAAACCCCACAAUCCUGAGCCAAAUAAAGAUAAACAAGACAUUGCUAAGACAUCACCAAGCACUCCAAAGCCCCCUGAAAAACCAAGUACUCCUAACAAUACUCCAAAUACACCACAGAAAACUGAAGGGGCCAAUAACCCUGUAAGCCAGGCUGAUGGUCCAGCUCAACCAAAAGUGGCCACAGCUAAUGAGCCUACAGAGAAAUCUCCAUCCAAACCAACAGAGUUGAAACCAUCACCAACUGCUGACGUCGCUCCCACUCAGAGUGACAGCAAGCCAGUGCCUGAAUCGGCCAAUGAUAGUCAAUUACAAGAUAAACAGGCCACUCCCACCAAACCAGAGGCCUCGACGGCGGAGAGCUCUAAGACCGAGAGCCCGGCUAAGCCAGAGGAAAAAAGAGAAGAGGCAAAGGUUGAGAAAUCUCAAAGCGCAUCAGAAAAUAAGGGAGAUGAAAAGGUUGGUAAGCUUGAAGCUGCUAAAGAGGAGCAGGAGCAAGAUAAGCCCCAGAAGGUAGAAAAAGUUGAUACUCCAGUGGAAAAAGUUGAAGAGAAAAAAUCCGAAUCUAAAACACCAGCAAAGGAAGUAAAAGCCCUUGCAAAGUCAACUUUGAAGUUGGCGACUGUGACCCCUCCAAUAAGAAAGAGAAGGCAAGCAUCAUUGAAUAAGACAGCUGAUGGCCCGAGUCCGCCGAAAAAGGCUGCAACGGAAGCAGAGUCUACUCCCGAUUCUAGAACAAAAAGAAAUAGGACUCAGGUACAACUGUACCAGUCUCCGACUCCUGAGAUCGCUAUGGCUACCAAGCUGUCAGCCUCUGCGGGCCGCUCCACGCCGACCAAACCCAACGAUGACAAGCUGAUAGUUUUCUACAAGAACGAGUACCUCGCGGUCCGUAACGCCGAAGGUGGCUUCUACGUGUGCCAAGCUAUGCAAAACGUGUAUCGUACCACCCGGAAGAUCAAGAUCCGUUGGCUGUCACAGGACAAGACCGCCGAUCCAUCCGGAGAGACUUAUAAGCCUGAUUUCUAUGAUGUUACGGACAUGGAAUGCGUGCUGACGACCCUGUCGCUGUCGCGCGCCCCGGGCGGCGGCGGCGCGCAGCUGCUGAAGGCGGGCGAGCACGCGCGCGCCAGCUCCAUACUGCAACGCGCUAUCAAGGCCGAGCAGAGCGGGGGCAACAACAUGGAACUGACAGAGGAACACCCCGAUGGCCUGGAUUUGUCGCUAUACACAGACGAGUCACAACUGGAGAAGAAGAGGAAACGCGGAUCGAAGUCGUCGCCGACGAAGGAGGCGGACGAGACUGCUAAAGAAGUUUCGACGCCCUUAAAAAAGGCGCGAACGACGCCCAAGCGUAGCCCGAAAAGCGCGCGAAAAUCCAAAUCAACACCGACACCGACCAAACCACAGACAAAUAAACGAAAAUCGGCAGGUACCACGCCCUCUGUGGCGAGCACAAGCAAGACCGCGACGGCGGUGACGGAGAAGGCUAAAGCCAAGAGCACGCCUAAGAGAACCCCAGCGAAGAAGGAGACGCCUGUGUCCACGCCCACGAGGAAGGGAAGGAGAUCUACGGCUGCUGAAAGUAAACCCAUAGUGCCCACUCCGUCGACGUCCACCGGCAAGACCACUCGCACGCCACGAAAGCCGCCGGCCAAGAAAUAAUAGUGUUAUAUCAUAGACUCUACGUGGUUUGUACUUCGCUCCGAUAGUUGUGACACUGACGGCUGGAGGGUAAACGACAUGUUACAUUUAAAAAAAGAACACUAGACUAUAAACCGAAUAUUUUUGUUUUCGUAUUCCUCAAAGUUACAUUUAAAAAAAAAAUAGACUUAGACUAUAAACCGAUUUUUUUUUGUAUUCCUCAAAGUGCUUGUAUCCAUGGCCAUCCAAACUUAACUUUUUUUUUAUAUAGUUAAUUAUCUAGUUCCUUUAUUGUUUGCCAGUUGACUGGAAGAUAUAUUGAUUUGCAAUAAAUAUAUCACAAACCAACAAAUUAUUAUGCUCCAUUAAGUAAUAUUGUGUCGGAAAAGAGUACUGUCGAUAAGACUGGAAAUUUAAAAAAUGGCGUAUAACAUACGUUUUUAUAAUAAACCCCCCCAAUUAGUUAAAAAUCUGCAAAUUCUCCUUCCGUUAGUGCCAUGACUAAAGGAUUAAGUUGAUAUUUAUUUUAUCGAUCUAUCAGCAUAAUCAUUUCGUAUUUACUUUUGUAACCCGCUGUUUUUUAAGUUAUUUUAUUGGGUAAUUAAGACUCAAAUUAAGUACACUGUUGUUGUAAAAUGGAUAACGUAUGCCUCGUCAAAUUAUUACAAAUAUUGUAAUGGAUUCCGUAAUCUUUUAUAUGAGGAUAUUCCUUUAAGAAACCAGUUGUACACUCGCAUUUGCAUCGCUACUGUUUAAAUAGUUGAACGAUCCAUUAAAAGAACAGACAAAGAUUUAUUCAAAGGUUAUAGAAGGUAUCAUCUAAUGACGUUAACACCGCUUUUAAUUAUAGUAAAAUUGGUAUUUUCAUUUAUCAGUCAAAUAUCUACUAUAUCAAUACAAAAUUUGUGAGUGUAAAAUUGGUUUAACGGUUCUUGUGGAACCUAUAAGCCUGCCACGGGUAGGUAAUCCGCCUUUCUUAAAAUCGUAGGUGUAGUGUAGUUACGGAAUCCAUAGUCUCUUUUCUAUCUUUAGACAAUUUUAGAAUCAGUACGAAGAUUGUAAUCGAUUAUAAAAUCUGGUAAUCGCAUUAAAUAGUGACGUGCAAUCGAACGGACAGUGACUCUAUUAAUAAAAGAAAAUCAGAAUCCAAGCGUUGGUUUAAUUAAACAUUCAUUUACACAAAAUUAUGUGGUCAAAACGUAGGUUAAACAUUCUUUCGACGAAAUAUGAAAAAUAUGGGUAAAAAUAAUGCUGAUCAAUAAACUUUCGGUAAAACAUUUUAACUCUGUAAUUGGCAGCGCGUCACUAUAUCGUUAUAAAUGUUCAACAGCAUCAGAUAUUCGUUUUUUUUUACAUCACAAGUAGAUUUCCGUGAAAUUUAUUAUUAUGGACGAAGAUAUGAAUAUAAAGGUUAAUUUACUAACGUAACUAACUAUUAAUUUUAAGAAAUCUAGAGAUCACUGUAAAUAUUUUACAAUUAACAAAGUAAAAAUGUUAACAAUUUCUUUUUUCGGUUGAUGGAGUAACCUAUUUGUUCCCGAAGGUGAAUUGGAUUGUAGUUAAUUAAUAUUUUAUGCAUUCGAGCAUUUUUUAUUUGUUUAAGGUUGGGAGUAUAUUUCCAUGUAAAAGACCUUGUAUUUUAAGCAAGGAAAAUUAUAAUUUCCGCCCUGUUUGAAUAUAUGGGACGUUACUCCAUAACCAAGUUAGCAGUGGUUUAUGAAGGUUGACGAGGUCAGGUUGCCUUAGUUAACUGUAGGCAAUAGUUUUAGACAUUUGUAAGUUUAUGAUAAAAUGCGAGAGUAUUCGGUAAAAAUAUUCGGUUAGGCAUUGUGGCGGAAUUUUAUAUAUCAGUACAAAGAAUUUAAAAUUAUCAAAUGUUUUUAUCAUUGGACGAUUUUGGCUUCAUAUAAAAAUAUAUUUUGAUAUGAUCGGUGUUUAUUUUGGUUAAGAUAUAGUAGUGUUGCCAUGAAUAAUGGCGAAUUUUGGAUAAAAAUGAAUUGCAAUAAUGUCAUGCCUGUUUGGACCAAAAUUUCUGUCUUGAAAAUGCGUUAAAAUCGUGUACAGUCGAAUACCAAAUGUUAAAAAUGUUCACUGCCUGUUUGUAGUGAUAAUUCAUGAAGAAUAUAGAUAAAUGAAAUCUAUUUACCCUUAUUAGAACAAUUACCAUUUCUAUGUUGUAAAGAAUUUGUUUUUGCAAAGGAAAAUUUAAAUUCAAUGUAAAGUUCGUUCGCUUUGUCACCUUUUGACUGAAUAGCAGGUUUGCAUGACGUGCUAUCUACAAAACAACAAAUAUUUUAGACGAUGCAGUGAACUGAAACCAUCUUCCUCCAUCGAUUUCAUACCUAAAGCGGUAAUAUAUAAGCGAAUGGACUAUAUUUCCAGCGGUAUCAUGAUGUACUAUUGUAUAUCCUCCGAUAUUCCGGCUAAUUUUGUUACAUCACUUGUGACUUUAUUGACUAUGUUUUAAGGUUGUUUACUAGGCGUUCUUGGCCCAGCAUUUUGUUGUUUUGUUUUCCAUAAACCUGUUGGAUAAUGAGUGCGCGUGUGUGUGAAAAACAUUAGAAACUCUUUAAGUACCUAAAGUUUAGGUGGUAUUUUUAAUAAUAGGUUAAUUUCUAAAAAAGAAUAAGCUUAGAUAUAAAUUAUUGUGUGUGUAUUUUCUGUUUAUGAUGUGUACCUAUGUGGAGAGAAUGUUUGUGACACGGCCCUCUCUGGUACAAUAGUUGUAAAACAUAUUUUAGCGUUUUAUACAAAAGAUAUCAAUUCAGAAGUACUAUUGUAACAGAAAGUCCACAAAUUUAUAUGAAAUUCAGAAUUAAAUAUAAUAAUUUAAGAUAA